AUGGAAUGUGCUCCAGCGUCGGUCGGCUCAACAUUGAGCUGGAAUACGUUCUUAUCUCGAACAUCGGUUUCUACACUGACUUGUGCCAUCUUCUCGGAGCGGCAAAGCCAAUCGGUAAAUGGGCUCGAAGAUGUCAUCCGGGCAGUGGGUUCGCUUCAUCUACGCCGCUACCGCUACGAGGAACUAGCCCGCGAAGAGACUCUUGGUGAGGGCGAGACGUACCUGGUAGAGAAAGCAGUCCAGGGUGGCAGCGUUUUCGCCAUCAAGCAUCUUAAGAUUAGCAACACCCCAGACGAGAAAACUUUCCGCAGGAGGCUCAGCGCAGUGACCGUCGAGGCGCAGAUCAUGAGACAUUCACCACUCAGAGCCCAUCCUAAUUUUCCCACCGUUGUUGGAUAUGGUUGGAAUCUCCGGGGCAAACUAAUCAUGCCUUUCCUAGUUGUUGAGUACGCUCCGCUGGGGACGCUGCGAGAGUAUAUUCAGAAGCUUACUCCGACGCUUUCUGACGUUGAGAUUCUUCUUGGUGACGUGGCGUCAGCCCUUGCGGCCUUGCACGUAUGCGGCAUUGUUCACGGCGAUGUCAAACUGGACAAUGUACUGGUAUUUCCAUCCCUGGACCGUCCCGCCAAGGCGUUGGCAAAAUUGACGGACUUUGGCCACGCCCUUAUUCUAAACGACAAAUCGAAGAAGCAAGAGGAUGAAACUGUCAAGUACGGAGGUACAACGAUAUACAAUGCCCCGGAAGUGAGAACUCAAGACUUGUUCCCAAUAGACAGAACAGAGGUUUGGAAAUGUGAUACUUGGGCCUUUGGCCUUCUCGUAUGGGAGGCCUGUAUCGGAGGGGAAGAAUACACCAAGUACCUUGCAAGGAGAGGCGUCGCCGCAAACAUCUCAGGCAACGAUCCUGGCAUCAGUGCAGCUGAGAUGCUGCACCAUGCAAAGCGAUGUCUGCCUAAGGGGCAACUUGGCACGGUCAUGUUUCUUCGGGUUGUUCUACACAAGACCAUCCAGGAAGAUCCCAUGAAAAGAGCUGCAAGUAUACGUGAUCUCCCUCUCUCAGCAAGAUGGAAAACCGGUGACCUACUUGGACUUGAGACUGAUUUGGCCCUGCACUUUGAAGCACCUAGACCAACCUACGAAAUGUUUCGUCUCGACACCGGGAAAGAAAUUCUUUGGGAUCACCAGCGACAGAUAUUCCAGGGCUUGAAACAAACACAUACUAAUAAUCUGUCAAGUCAGCAUGGACCCAUAUCCUGGCAGAUUGCUCUAUGCUAUCAUGUCGGCUUCGGGACCAUUCAGGACGCUCAAAACACACACAAGUACUGCGAGAUGGCCAGGUCAAAGUUUCACCCGCUUGCCAUGGCUUUCGGGAAUUUGCUGGAUCCUCACGAGAACGACUGCUCAGAAUCGCCGGAAGAACCUUAUGCUACGAAAAUCUCCAGCUUGCUGCACUCUAAUUCGACUUACUCAGAAGCAAUGCCAAGUCUAGUAAAAGCAUUCUUUGACGCAAACUCGUCAGCAAUAUUUGAUCUGUUAUCCAAAGGGAUCCCCCUGAGCUCUUGCUCCAUUGACGGAUGCAGUCCCUUCCACUGGCUGUUCAUGCUUCAGGAUACAGUCUUGGAAGAAAUAGUCGAUAAUCUCUCUGGGAAACUAGAAAGACGUCUAGUCAAUCUUCCGAUGUCCUCGAAAGGAUCAGUCCACGACCAGUGGCCUCUGCAAUUACUGGGCAGUCCGCUAGCGGUUGCCAUCUCCGUCAACAGUUUUCCAGCGGUGAAGGCACUUCUUUCCCUUGGCGCUGAUCCCUUUUCCCUCGUCUAUGGCCAAACGCAGUUUCCAUCAAAUGACACUCGAUCUCAAUGGACGGCUUUUCAUAUUGCGGCCAAGUACCACUGCAGCGAAAUCCUUGCCUACUUACUGGAGCAAACGAAAUCCCGACAGCAGACAAGUAUCAACUCUCUCGCUUGUGUUCUGAGUUCAUCAACCACCCUUGAGCGUCUUGCUAUGCAUGGUUCUAACCAUGCUAAGCAGCUUGCUGAGACCGUACGACUGAUUCGCGGGAUACAGCCUCUUGGGGCCAUGGACGCAUCUGGAAGAACUGGUCUAAUGACGGCGAUCGACUUCCAAGACUAUCAUGUCAUCGCAGCUCUUCUCCGCUCCGACAAAGGACUUGCGAAGAUGCCUUUUCGAUCCCCUACGAGCCCGCAUAUCUUCACAUAUCCCAUCCACUUUUCGGCUCAAAUCGCAGCUCGUCGCGAUGUUCCCGAGACGCUUACCAUCCCUAAAUUACUCCGCUCAUACGCUGAAGGUGUCAGCGGUAGGGCAUUUUCUCGAGACCAUGUGGGGAAAACACCACUCCAUCUAGCUGUGACUGGCCAUUCAUGCGUUGUCGCCGGCUGGAUCCUGGAGGAGAACGUCGAACUAAUGCAGGUCGAGGACGUCUUGGGCCGAACACCCUUGUACUACUGCGCAUCUUCUGCCAACAUUAAUCUGCUUCUAGACAAAGGCGCAGAUUUGAACCACGUCGACAAGAAGGGAGCGACUACUCUUCAUAGGUUUUGCUAUGUCGGAGCAUCCGAUCUCGUCACUUGUCUCCUCAGGCGGAAACCGAGGCUAGAUGUCAGAGAUGAUAUCUUUGGAACACCACUACACUGUGGGGUAAUUAGCGGCACUAUCGACGUGGUUAUGGCCCUGGUGGAAGCAGGUGCGCCACUCAAUGCUACCGACAUAAAUGGAAAUACAGCCGUUCAUGUUGCAGCUAAGCUCAACCGACAUAACAUUUUGCGUGUAUUGAUCCAACACGGAGCGGACAUCAGCUUACGAAAUAUCUACGGGCGGGAUCAGAAGACCAUCUCUCUCUGUGCAGCGAAAGGGUUCAGUAUUCUGAAUAUCUUACAUCAUGAGGGCAGAGACGCUCAUGAAAGCCAGUGGAUUCUCAAGAACGUCAAUGAAGAUGAGAAGACUUCUGGGCUCGGAAAAACGCCAACAGGCAAUGUGUCCCCAGACUUUCUCUGGGAAGGAGACUCCAUGUCCGUCGCGGAACCGGCCGACUCGACGAAUAUGUGGCAAAAUGCGGAUGAGGACUUCUACGUAUACGGAGAACAGAGGAAAACAUACGAUCAACGGAAAGAGAAAUUGGAGAAGCUUGAUCAAAUCACCAGUACUAUCACACGAUAUCUCCCGAGCCUAUACCAGGAUCGCGAGGCAAUCACAGUUGUGGUCACCCUGCUUUCCGUCUUCUUCGAUGACAUCAUAUGGCAACCGGGCAUUGCAAGCCGGAUAAUUGAAGUCAUCGCGAGGGCAGCUCAUGACUUUGCGUACAUCAUACACUAUUAUGUCGAGAAGGCGAGACGUAUGCAGCAGCGCGUCGAAGCAUGGGCUAAGUUUCUAACCACGCAUGACGGGAUCCGUCUGAAGGACAACGAACAGUUGGACUGGUUUUGGUCUCAUAUGGAAGGCAACGAUCCUGUUGGAGCACUUGAGCAAGAGGGCAAGGAGCCAGAGAAAGGGAAGUUCAAGGCGUUUCGAGAAAUCUUCGAGUAG